AUGGCGGCUGAUCUGGACAUGGUGAACUUGUUCAUCAUUGCGGGGGGAACACUGGCUAUUCCCAUCCUGGCCUUUGUUGCUUCCUUCCUCCUCUGGCCCUCUGCACUCAUUAAAGUGUAUUACUGGUACUGGAGGAGGACUCUAGGCCUACAGGUGCGCUAUGCAGAUUGCGGUGGUUAUCGCUUUUGUUACGCCUACAGAGGAAAGCCUGGGAUGAGACCCUCCAUUUUGAUGCUGCAUGGCUUCUCUGCUCACAAAGACACAUGGCUCACUGUUGUCAAGUAUCUACCAAAACAUCUGCACAUUGUGUGUGUGGACAUGCCUGGUCAUGAGGGAACAACACGCACCAACACAGAGGAUUACUCCAUUCAGGGGCAGGUCAGAAGGAUCCAUCAGUUUGUGGAAACCAUUCGUUUAAACAGGAAACCUUUCCAUGUGGUUGGAACCUCCAUGGGGGGAAAUGUAGCUGGGGUUUACGCAGCCUGCUACCCUUCAGAGAUCUGUAGCAUGACUCUCAUUUGUCCAGACGGUAUAAGACACCCAUGUGAGACCAAAUUUGACAAUCAUCUCCAGGACCUAAAGCACAGCAAUUACACAUUAAACAUACCACUGAUCCCUACUACACCAGAGGAGAUGGAGGACAUGUUCAGACUUUGUUCUCAUGUUCGCUUUAAAAUCCCUCAGCAGAUUCUGCAAGGACUGGUAGAUGUUCGGCAGCCUCACAACACAUUUUAUGAAGAAGUAUUUAUGGAGAUUGUUGGUGAGACAUCAAGAUAUGCCUUACAGGAGCACUUACAUCUGAUCACUGCACCUUUACAAGUGAUUUGGGGCAAAAAAGACCAGGUGGUGGAUGCCUCUGGAGCUACAGUCAUUGCAGAGCUGGUCCCUGGAUGCAGAGUGGACCUGCUGGAGAAUUGUGGACACUCUGUGGUGAUGGAGAGGCCUUGUCGGACAGCCAAACUCAUCCUGGAGUUCAUCAUCUUGCAGCAAGAUGCUAGGGGUGGCACAAAGAAAUCUUCCUGAACUAGCUAGACUUUUAAUAAUCUCUUUCCACUGCAAUGCUUCACAUGUCCCUUGAACGUGACAUGCAUAUGUAAACAGAUGUAGGCCUAUAGCUUCAAAAAAUGGACAGAUAGCAAUGUUUAUAGUGUUCUACAUUUCUUAGAAAAUGUAUCGCAUUUCAUUUGUAAUGUAAACCGCAUCAUGAUAAUAAAAGUCCCAUGCAUUUACCUGUAUGUAAC